AUGUCCGCCGCAGAUAAUGACAUGAGGUGUAACAACCUCAAAUGUCGGACCCUGGUGGGUCAACAUGGUAAAGGUGUCGUCACAACCUGCUCCCUCCCAUGUGCUAAUCAGUUGUUCUCGAGAAACCAAAUUUGUCCCGCUUGCGAUAAUCAGCUAUCUGAGCCAGAUGACAUUGUGGUGGCCUGCCUGAACCCUUCGACGGAUUACAAGAGCGCAAGUCUUACACCUUCUUUGAUCUUGGAAAUCGCGGCAAGAGGUAUGUCAUUUUGGACAUAUCAGACGUCACAAGAGAGGUCAUUCCAAACGUUGGUCCUGAAGAAUGCUCAAACACGUCUUGCUCAAUUGGAACAACAGGUAAAUACAGGUGAGUUGGUGAGUUUCUAUUACGAUCAUCAGAUGCUGACACUUACAAGUCAAUGGGGAAUUGCAGAGUAA